AUGAAGGGGGUCUGGUCAUGGAUUACCGACCUGCCGGACCCCGAGGAGUGGCCGGAGACGGCGGACUCGCGGUUCAUCCUGGAGGUGGCGGGGUCGCCGGCCAAGUCCGUCGCCCUUAAGGCCGAGAGGACGGCGGGCUCCAACUCGGAGGCCCUUGCGACCUUCUCGGUGUGCCUGCAAGGGUUCCACCCCUCCAUCCCCUCCAAGACGCUGUGGGUAUCAAACCCAUGCCCCAUCUCCUCCGACGGCCGCUAUGGCCUCUACCCUCUCCUCCUCCAGCUCGUCCAGGAAGUCAUUUCCAGGGCCCCCUCCAGCGGCGCCGCCGCGGGUGUCCCGCCGAAGCUCGAUCUGCGCCGCUUCUUCACGAGCUGGAGCCCCCGCUCGGAGUUCGCCCACUUCUUCGAUCUCGUCUUCCUCUCCAGGCUCUUCUGGCUCUGCGCCUGCGACUCCCCCGCGGAGGUGGGCUACCUCUUCUUCCAGGCCAUGAACGCGCGCCUGGAGAGUAGCCUCGACUGCAGGGAGGUCAUGAGGGAGUUCCUCCUCUCGGGGGGCGUCGACUGGGAGAUGCUUUUUAUGCGGUCGCUGGGCUACCUGCUGGCCAAGAGGUCCAUUUUGAGGGAGCUGUCGCCUCCUUCUGAGUCGGGCGACUCCCGUCCCAGUCUCGGAUCAUUCUCCUACGCCGCCGAGUCGCACGGGCUCUGGGUGCUUAGAGGCUACGCCCCUAUCCUGUCCAUGGCCCGCACGAACCACGCCCCCGCUGGCGACCACCUGGAGGCCAAGGAGGCACUUCUCCGCUACGCCCUCGCGCACCAGCAGCUGGAAUCGGUGCUCCAGCUGGAGUACUCCGUGGCGGCCUCACGGCCCGGCGACCGAUUCCUCCGAGUCGCCGUCCGGGUCGACAACUUGCGACUGCUCGUCGCGCGACUCGGCUUUGGGAAGGGUGAGACGGAGGAGGACGAUCCCGCCGGCGGCGCCGCCGUGGCACCGCCGCCGGACGAGCGGCACUUCCCGUCCCGGGUCCGCGUCUGGGUGGGCCCGGAGCUCGGCUCCGCCGGCGUCUCUUGCCUGAGUCUUGGUCGCUCCACGGAGAACCCGGAGAGGGAGAUGGAGAGGGAACAGACGGUCAAGGCGGGCCUCGGCGACUCCAAGUUCCCCAGAGUGAAGGCGGUGGCUCGGACCACGGCUCGGUCGCGGACCCGCGCCUGGCGGUGGGAGCAGGCGGCGGAGGGGAACCUUGCCGUGUUUGAGGGUGUACUGUGCGACCCCGCGACAGGGGCGGAGGCCGCCGCCUGGAGACCCGGCGCCGCCGCCGGCGGGCCCGACCCGAGGGGCGCGAUGCGGCGGCGCUACACCGGACCCGGGCGGGUCUUCAACAAGGGCGGCGGGCUGGUGGUGGCCGGGGAAGAGCACGGACAAUGGGCAAGCUGGAGGGUCGGGAGGGAGAUGGAGGGGAAGGUGAUGAGGUGGCGUGUUGGCGCCAAGAUCUGGGUAACAUACUGGCCCAACGAGCUCAAAUCGUCCUACGUGGAGACUCGCUGCGUGGAGUGGCGCGAUGACGUGGAAUUGCCUCUCGUCGGGGUAGAUAGUUGA